AUGCUAGGCUGCUGUGGUGUCAAUGACAAUGUGCAACAAGUCACCAUCGAGGAUCAUCGAACGGCUCCUCUGGCCUGCGACAUCUCGGCAGCGGCAACACUGCGCCCCUCGACACGACAGAUCUUACAGGAACCUCUCGCAGCAAGCGAAAAGAAUGUUACGAGCCAGCAACACCAUCAUACAGACGUGGUCAGGACGGGUCAGUUCACUGCCAAACUGAUGGCGCCACUGCUUGCGAAUGACUUGCUCAUAAGAUUCACCCUUGUCAAGCUCCAGAAGCAGAAAUCGUCUCCUUCGAAGCCGACAGAUGCCGAGGUGACAUCUUUAAUGCAAAAAAUUGCCAUACUGUACAAAGAUGGAAAUUUAGAAAGAGAUGUUGCGAAGAUAAUCACAAAGAAGGUCCAAUCAAGAGAUGCACAGGUAAUGAUGGCAUGGACUGUCUAUCAGUGCAACGGAAGUGACAACGAGUUUGUCUACAAGCUUGUAAGGUUGGGGUCCCCAGAAUCAGCAAUGAAAUUGCAGCCAAAUCCGUUUACUAGAGAAUAA